AUGCACAAGUCUGGUAACUACUCUCUCAAACUCAGCAAAAAGCAGGCAAAAUCCAGUGUUAGAAGGAUCCAGCCCCAAAGGAAGCGCCUUCACUGCAGGAGGCACAGGCUGCCUCUCGCUCCGGCAGCCCCGCUGCCCCGCUGGAGCACGAGGGCCGCCCGCCCGCGGGGCUGCAAGCGCUGCCGGGGCGGCCUCGCCGAGGCAGAGCCGCCCGGGCGCUGUGCGGAGGCGGCGGCGGCCACAGCGCGCACCGCCCCGCACCGCCCCGCACCGCGCGGGACGUGCCGCGCCGCGCCGCUCUCCUCUCCGCGCUCCCGCCGCGGGGCCCCGCGCGCUGCGGGACGCUCCGCGGGGCGGCCGCGGCUCCUCCUCCCGCGCCGCUCGGCCGCGCGCUCGGGGCAGCGGCGCCGGGGCGGGCGCCGCGCCAUGCACGGCGGCAACGGCACGGGCCCGGGCGCGGGCGCGGGCMCGGCGAGCCGCCCGCAGCCCGCGGCGGCCGAGCAGGAGGCGCCCGGCGAGCGGCCGCCCUUCAGCGCGGGCACCUACGAGCUGCUGGCGCUGCUCAUCGCCACCAUCGGCGUGCUCGGCUUGUGCAACAACUUGCUGGUGCUCGUGCUCUACUACAAGUUCAAGCGGCUCCGCACGCCCACCAACCUCUUCCUCGUCAACAUCAGCCUCAGCGACCUGCUCGUGUCCGUCUUCGGCGUGAGCCUCACCUUCAUGUCCUGCCUGCGCAGCCGCUGGGUGUGGGACGCGGCCGGCUGCGUCUGGGACGGCUUCAGCAACAGCCUCUUCGGAAUUGUUUCAAUCAUGACUCUCACUGUUCUUGCUUAUGAGCGCUACAUUCGAGUGGUCCAUGCAAAAGUGAUCAAUUUCUCUUGGUCUUGGCGAGCUAUCACGUACAUCUGGCUAUAUUCAUUAGCCUGGACUGGAGCACCUCUUUUGGGAUGGAACAGAUACACACUGGAAAUACAUGGAUUAGGUUGUUCAAUGGACUGGAAGUCAAAAGACCCCAAUGAUAUCUCCUUCAUUCUAUUUUUUUUCCUUGGCUGUCUAGUAGCACCUGUUGGGAUCAUGGCCUAUUGCUAUGGCCAUAUUCUAUAUGCAGUGAGGAUGCUUCGCUGUGUAGAAGAUUUUCAGACUGUUCAAGUGAUUAAACUUCUAAAAUAUGAAAAGAAGGUGGCUAAAAUGUGUUUCUUAAUGAUUUCCACAUUCCUUAUUUGUUGGAUGCCUUAUGCAGUGGUCUCCCUGCUGGUAACAUAUGGUUAUGGCAACCUGGUAACUCCAACAGUAGCUAUCAUCCCAUCUUUCUUUGCCAAGUCAAGUACUGCUUAUAAUCCAGUCAUCUACAUCUUCAUGAGUAGAAAGUUUCGACGAUGCCUCUUGCAACUCCUGUGCUUUCGCCUGAUGAGAUUCCAAARGACUGUGAAAGAGACACCAGCAACAGAGAGCGACAAACCAAUAAGACCAAUCGUUAUGUCACAGAAAGUAGGGGACAGACCAAAGAAAAAAGUGACUUUCAGCUCCUCCUCUAUAAUUUUUAUUAUCACCAGUGAUGACACUCAGCAAACAGAGGAAAACAGUAAACACGGUGGGACAAAAGUAAAUGUUAUCCAAGUAAAGCCACUAUAGAGAUGAGCUAAAGAGACUCUAGGCUCUGAUGCUCUUCAGCCAGUGGACUCUUUGGACUAAAACUGGUUUGAGAUAUAGUAACUGUGGGCUACCAAUAGAAACCAUUUUGAAGAAGUUCAUCUGAAGCCCUGCAGGCAGUUGUGGUCACAAUACUGAAAUCUUUACCUCUGUACCUAUCUUGUUGAUGGAUGUUUUGAACUGUAUUUUCUGAAAAUGUAUCGUAGUGGUUAAUGGGUUGGGAGGCCAGUAACCAGUAGAGUACCACAGCAGUGUGUCCUGAGACCUGCCCUUUUUAACAUCUUUAUCAAUGACCUGGAGAAGCUGGCAGUGUAUAAUUGUCGUUUGAAGAUGACACCAAAGUGGGAGGGACCAGUUCRUAGGCUGGAGAGCAGGGCUGAUCUUUACAAGGAUCUGAAUCAAAAUGAAUGGGCUAACAGAAACUUUAUGAAACUCAACAAGGACAAGGUGAAGUUUUGCCUCUGGGAAGGAAACACCCUGUGCAACAAUAUAGCUUAGGGGCCUGACUGCCUGGAACAGCUCUGCAGAAAAGGACCUCUGGUCAUGUUGGACAAGGAGCUGAGYAUGAGCCCAGUGUGCCUCAGCAGCAAAGAAGGGCAAGAACAGCACCUGGACUGCACUAACAGGAGUGUAGCCAGCAGAGCAAGAGAAGUGAUUAUC